AUGAUGCACCGCCAGACUCGUACCGCAGCGGAUGACCCGGUUACACCCCGGGCCAAGCGGCCGCGGGCUGCGCAAGCUUGCGACCGGUGUAGAUUAAAGAAAUACAAAUGCGACGAGCUCUACCCAUGCUCGCACUGUAAGAAGAGCCAAAUCGAGUGCGUCUACCAGGGCACCUAUCGCGAGAGGGAAAUCAAUCGGUCGGCGAGUUACGUUCAGGACCUGGAGAAGAAGGUCAGCGAGCUCACUGCGAAACUCCAUCUGGCCGAGUCGGAGAUUGCCUCGCAGCAGUCUUCCCAGUCGCACAAAGUGGUGUCGGAACCUGCAGAUCGACCGAUCCCCCAGGCCAGUAUAGAUGCGACGCCAUGUUCCAUGCCUCCGAAUCCAUCCACGCCGCGAGAAGAAGUGCCGCUGGCUUACGAGAAUUCGGAUGAGGCCGGAGAUGCCAUCGACGACGGCAUCAGUGAGCUGAAUCAUCACACGAAAGGCAUUGAGUAUCACGGCAGUACCUCGUCCGCAGCGCUCAUAGGCCAUCUGCAAAAGGCCCGUGGUCCUAAAUUACCCGAAGAACGCUGGAACGUUCGCCCAAAUGGGCCGGAGUUCUCAUUGAUUUCGACCCUUCACAACUCGAGCUUCUCGCCCACGUGCACGGCUGGUCCGGCGCAUCAGGUGACUCUACACCAGCAGGAUUAUUAUUUCGAGCAGGCUCAUGCCUUCAUGAAUGGCUAUUUUGAGAAUAUCCAUUUUAUUCAUCCGUUAAUAGAUAAGGAGGAUUUCUACCUACGGGCUCAUGAGCUGUGGCUGAAUCGAGACCGGCAGCCGGAACCAAGUUUUGUCGCUCUGUACCUGAGUGUUCUUUCGUUCGGGGCUCUUGUGCGUGUGUGGGACGAGGAGAGACUCGGCGGCUUGACACGGUUUGAAUGGAGCCGGAAGCUCUUUAGCGAGGCGCAGAUGUACCUGAACUAUCUGCAUUUUUCAAACAACCUAGACACGGUCCAGUGUCUAUAUCUUAUGGCAAAAAUCUGUCAAAAUGAGCUGAAUCCGAACCUGGCCUACAUGUACCUGGGUCUGGCCAUCCGUACCUGCCUGGCAGCCGGAUUCAAUCGAGAGGUUCGAAAUUCGACAGAUCAUCGGUCUGGCUGGAUUUCAAAAACUUGGUGGGGGCUUUUUUCGUUAGAGAUUGAAAUGAGCUUUUCUGUUGGCCGCCCCGAUACACUGGGCAUGGAUGAAUAUCACAACCGGCCACUUCCUGAAAGAGACGACUCCGAAUAUGCGAUUAUUCCAUGGAUGGUGGAGUUUGCGCAGAUCAUCCGAAAGGUCUCGGUGCAGAUCUAUCACUCCCGCAUCACAUUGCAGGAGAAGCUGCAGAUCGCCCUCCAAGUAGAGUCCGAAUUGGACAAAUGGAUGGCAAAGCUGCCAGACAGCAUCAAGCCAGAUAUCAUGCGACAGCCAGCAACCGGAAGUACAUUGCGGGAUCCAAAAUGGGCGCGAAGACAGCGAUUGGUCUUGGGAAUCCGUUACUACAAUGUGAAAAUGCUACUGUUCCGCCCGUUUUUGAGCCACUUCACCCGGAAACUUCGACACACGCCGACCGAGCUGGAAGAAACGAUCGCCAAGUGUCUCGAUGCAGCGAUGCGGACCAUCGAAGUGAUCUACGAUAUCUACCGUAUCCAUACUUUCUUCCGCUGUUGGUGGUACAACGUGACAUAUGUGAUGUUCGCCACCUCAACGCUCCUCCUGCCCAUGUCCAAGCUUGGCAUGUGCGCCGAGACCAUCCCAUUACUGCGUUCUGUCGAAAUGGCGGUGGAGAUCCUCGAGGCGAUGGACGAGUCCGUCGUUGCACGGAAAUCCGUCGAUAUCAUCAAGCAUUACCUGCGGGAGUUCCGAGCUUCCGACGUCCAGUCAGCUUCGGCCAUAAGCGGCCCCAGCAUGGAGGGUCAUACGGCGACGUUUGCCUCCGAGACGGUUCCUAGCCAGGGAGGAUUUGAUAUCCCGGAAUGGGCCUACGGAUUCGGAUUCCCGGAUUGUUCGUUCGAAGGCAUCGCUCGUCUGUUCGAUGACUUGGGAGGGCUGCCCAUGUUAGACAACUAA